UCGACGUUGGCUGUGGAGAAACGGCGGCAGGCGGCGUGGACGACGAUUGGCGGACGGAUGUGGAGGGCGGGUCCAAUGAGGGGCGCCUGUGGUGAGGUAAAUCUAAGUCUUUUGACAUCCAGACAGCAAUUAUGCUCAUCAUUGGUGGCAGUAUCCUGGUGGCCGUGCUCGUACUGAUAUGUACUAUCGUCUGUCUUUACUUCAAAGUAUCCAAGUCAUUCAAAGCUGCUGAGAAACCUGGUGCUGUGGCUGUAAAUAAUAAUCCAUGUGAGGUCACGCAGGACGAGGUCUCCUUGGCCAAAGUUACCCAGUGCAAAGCCAUCCCCACUGAGUCUUGCCGUGCCCUCCAGUGCUGUGAUGAAUGUAGAAUGUAUGCAGAUUUUGAUUCCCUGCUGUCUUGCUUUUGUGACAUACAUGAGGGACUCUGACUUAGGAAUGGGGGCACAA